AUGCCUUUUGCUUAAUAACAUUAUCCAUUUGAAAGAAAAGAGUUAUUCGAAACUAUCUUCCCAGCCGAUUUCAUUGCUGAAGGAUUAGACUAAACAAGAGGAUGGUUCUAUACAUUGAAUGUUAUUGCAACAGCCUUACGUGAUGACACUCCUUAUAAGAACUUGAUUGUCAAUGGAAUUGUGUUGAAUGAUAAAGGUGAAAAGAUGUCAAAAAGUAAAAAGAACUAUCCAGAUCCUGAAAUUGAAAUUAUUAAUCAAUUCGGAGCUGAUGCUAUGAGAUUGUACCUCAUUAAUAGUGGAUUGGUUAAGGCUCAAUCAUUGAAUUUCAGCAAGGAUGGCGUUUAAGAAGUUAUUAAGAAUGUAUUCUUGCCCUGGUACAACGCUUAUAGAUUUUUGAUCUAAAACUUGUAGAGAUAUGAAAGUGUUCUCGGCAAGUUUGAAUUUGAUGAAAAUGCCAUUACAAAAGGAGAUAAUACUAUGGAUAAAUGGAUUGUAUCAAGCAGUCAAACCUUGGUUGAAUUUGUUAGAAAUGAAAUGGAAGCCUAUAGACUUUACACUAUUGUUCCUAGAUUGAUUAGUUAUCUCGAUACAUUGACUAACUGGUAUGUUAGAUUGAAUAGAGGUAGAAUCAAGGGAGAUUAAGGAAAUCAAGAAUGGGUUGUUAGUUUAAAUGUUCUAUUUGAUGUUCUCUUAAAAAUCACUCUUUUGAUGUCACCAUACGUGCCAUUCAUUACAGAAUCAUUCUAUCAAAAUCUUAAGAAAUGUAUCCCAUAAGGCAAAAACAAUCAAGAAUCAAUCCAUUUCUUAUAAAUCCCUGAGGUCAGAAAGGAAUUGAUUGAUCCUAAAAUUGAAUCUCAAGUUGAAAAAAUGCAAAUAGUUGUUGAAUCUGCUAGAAAAUUAAGAGAAGCCCAUAAACUAAGUCUAAAAUAACCAGUCAAUAGUUUGACAAUCUUGGCAACAGAUGAAUAAUUACUUUAAAGUGUUCAAUUCUUAUCUAAGUAUAUUGAAGAAGAAAUCAAUACACCUUCUGUCUUAGUUGAAAAGAAUAUUGAUUAAUACAUUUAACUUAAGGCUGAACCUGACAAUAAAAUUUGUGGAUAAGAAUUGAAAGAUAAAUUUGGACCUGAUCUAAUUUAAUAAGUUCGUAACUUCACUUAAGAAUAGAUCCGUACACUCAAAUCUGAAGGUAAAUUACAACUCAAGGUGAAAGUCAAGAAAGAAAAGAAGGUGGAAGAAUAGGUUCAAUAAUAACCAGAUCCUAAAGCUAAAAAGGGUAAGAAGAAUGUGGAAUACAUUGAAGUAGAGUUGGAUUGCGAAUUAUUAUUAAAGCAUGUCAAAAUUACUGAUUAAUUCAACACUGAAAAGCAUAAGUAGUUAUUGUUUGCUACUGAAGAUGGAUUCUCUAUUAUUUUAGAUCCCUCAUAGACCCAAGAACUGAAGAAUCUUGGAUUGGCAAGAGAAUUCACAAAUAGAAUUUAAAAGUUAAGAAAGAAGCUUGGGUUUAUAAUUGGAGGAUAAAAUCCUUAUCUUCUAUCAAUUUGA